AUGGCGUACCGUGGCUUCGACAUCCUACCCUCGCAGGCUUCGGAUUUCAUCAUGCCAUGGAAGGUCGCUGUUCCCCAGAAGGACCUGGAAAAUCUCAGAACGCUACUUGAACUAUCAGAAGUCGCUCCACCAACAUACGAGAACUCAUUGCCGGAAGGAGAACGGCAUCUAGGUCUACGCCGAGAGUGGGUGGCCACAGCGAAGGAAUACUGGGAGUCUAAAUUCGACUGGCGGAAACAUGAGGAACAUAUCAACUCCUUCCCACACUUCAAAGUACCUGUCAAAGACGACUUGGAAACUUUCGACAUUCAUUUCCUUGCACUUUUCUCGAGACGGGAAGACGCCAUUCCCAUUCUCCUCCUGCACGGCUGGCCAGGCAGCUUCCUCGAGUUUCUACCCCUGUUGGACAUUUUACGGACGGAACACACCGCAGACACACUCCCUUAUCAUCUGAUCGUCCCAAGUCUACCAGGGUACGCGUUUUCCUCGCCACCGCCUUUGAGCCCGAACUUCCGACCUGACGAUGCGGCACGGAUUUUUGAUUCUCUCGCCUCAACACUGGGAUUCGAAGCAUACAUGGUCCAAGGGGGAGACUUGGGAGGACGCAUAGGUCGAAUAAUGGCGGCAAACCAUCCGAGGUGCAAGGCACUUCACCUCAAUACCCAUCCGAUGCCUGCCCCCGACCCUUCUGAGCUCAGGACGCCGCUAACGGAAUCAGAACAAGCUGGACUCGAACGACAUGCCUUCUUCUUGCACAACGGGACUGGCUAUGCAAUUGAACAUGCCACGCGGCCCAGCACGAUCGGCUUCGUCAUCUCGUCGAACCCACUGGCACUGCUUUCUUGGAUCGGCGAGAAGUUUCUGGACUGGACCGACGAGGAUCCCAGCCUCGACACCAUUCUCGCGUCGAUCACGCUGUACUGGGUGACCAAAUGCGCCUCCACGAGCAUAUGGGCAUACCGCCAAUUCUACGGGCCGAACGCAGACAGCCACGGAUCCAAGAAAUGGCAUGUUCACAAACCUCUCGGAUAUUCCUGGUUUCCCAAGGAGAUCAAUCCCAUCCCGCGGGCAUGGAUCGAGACGACCGGUAACCUCGUGUUUUUUCAUGAGCACGACAAGGGCGGGCACUUUGCGGCGAUGGAGAGGCCGCGAGAGCUGUGGGCUGAUGUCGAGGAGUUUAUCGCGGAUGUCAAGGGAGAGUUUAACAGUUGA